AUGGCUCUUCCCCACCCCGAGUGCUGCCCGUCCGUCAGCAGUGAGUUUGAUUUGUGGACCUUACCCCCAACCGACACCAGCGUUCGAGAAGGUCGCUGGGAUGCUUACAGCCCCAUCGCCAGCCUGAGUGAUGUGGGACCUGUGGAAUUUGUCAUCACGAACGCCGACGGGGACACUUACUUGGACCUGGCCAACACCAUGUUGUACGUGAAGGCAAAAAUCCUAAACGGGGACGGGACGGCUGUGGCGGCUGACAAGAAGGUGGCUCCGACUAACCUGUGGAUACAAUCCAUGUGGCGGCAGGUCGACGUCUCCCUGAACGAUAAACUCAUCACGCCGUCCACCGGCAUGUACCCAUACCGGGCUUACUUGGAGACGUUGUUGUCUUACGGUAAAGAGGCCAAAAAGAGCCAGCUGUCUGCUGCCUUGUGGUAUGCGGACACCCCAGGAAAGUUUGACACGAUGGAUGACAGCAACGCCGGGUUUGACGAUCGGAUGACCUGCGCGGCUAAAAGUCGGUCGGUUGACAUGCUUGGUCGCCUGCAUUGUGACAUGUUCCUGCAACACCGACACCUGCUCAACAACGUCACUGUCCGCAUCCAUCUCACCCCGGCUAAGGAUUCGUUUGCUUUGAUGUCCGGUGAGGCCGCUCCCGACUACAAGACCCGCUUGGAGGAGAUAUUGAUCUUUGUGCGUAAAGUGAAAAUCACCAGCGGUGUACAACUGGGGCAUUUGAAAGCGUUGGCCAAAGCCCCUGCCAAGUACCCGAUCCGACGCGUGCUGACCAAGUAUUUCUCUGUCCCCAGAGGUCACACCCUCAUCAAUGAACAAAACCUAUUUCUGGGCAGCUUACCGACACGUUUAGUGGUGGGGUGUGUGAGCAACAAGGCUUUUGACGGGGACUGCACUAAAAACCCGUUUCGUUUCCGACACUACUACACACGUCGGCGGUCGUCAGAUUCCAACCAAGCCCCUGACACCCGACUUUGA